AUGGUCUACGUUCAACUCCCGUUUGACGAGCUUCAGGUCUCAAACGACAAGAAAAGAGUCGCAUACUUCUAUGAUGCGGACGUUGGUAACUACGCAUACGGUGCAGGUCAUCCAAUGAAGCCCCACCGUAUAAGAAUGGCACACCUGUUGAUCAUGAACUAUGGGUUAUACAAGAAGAUGGAAAUAUACCGUGCGAAGCCUGCAACCAAGCAGGAGAUGUGCCAGUUCCACACUGACGAGUAUAUAGACUUCUUGAGUCGUGUAACUCCAGACAAUUUGGACAUGUUUGCCAAGGAGCAAAUCAAGUUCAACGUUGGUGACGAUUGUCCGGUGUUUGAUGGGCUCUUUGAGUACUGUGGGAUCUCAGGUGGAGGGUCCAUGGAAGGUGCUGCCAGAUUAAACAGAGGGAAGUGUGACAUUGCCAUCAACUACGCCGGUGGAUUGCAUCAUGCUAAGAAAUCUGAAGCUUCUGGUUUCUGUUACUUAAACGAUAUCGUAUUGGGUAUAAUUGAGUUGUUGAGGUACCACCCACGUGUGUUGUACAUUGAUAUUGAUGUCCAUCACGGUGACGGUGUGGAAGAAGCCUUUUACACGACAGAUAGAGUCAUGACCUGUUCGUUCCAUAAAUAUGGUGAGUUUUUCCCAGGUACCGGGGAACUCAGAGAUAUUGGCGUUGGUAAGGGGAAGCACCAUGCUGUGAACAUCCCAUUGAGGGACGGUAUUGACGAUUCGUCGUACAAGUCUAUCUUUGAGCCAGUUAUCCAGAAAAUCAUGGACUGGUACCAGCCCUCCGCUGUUGUUUUGCAGUGUGGUGGUGAUUCGUUGAGUGGUGACAGGUUAGGGUGUUUCAACUUGUCGAUGAAUGGGCACGCCAAUUGCGUUAAUUUCGUCAAAUCUUUCAAUGUACCUACUAUGGUCGUUGGAGGUGGUGGUUACACCAUGAGAAACGUCGCAAGAACAUGGUCAUAUGAAGCAGGAUUAUUGAACAAUAUCAAAUUGCCCAGUGAAUUGCCUUACAAUGAUUACUAUGAAUACUACGGACCAGACUAUAAAUUAGAUGUUAGACCAUCAAACAUGCACAAUGCCAACAGUCCAGAGUUCUUGAAUAAGAUUUUAACCAAUAUCUUUGCCAGUUUGGAGAAUACGAAGCAUGCUCCAUCGGUGCAGAUGAAUUAUGUUCCUAACGAUGCUGAGGAGUUGGGAGAUGUUGAUGAGGAUACACAAGAAGCUAUCGAUACGAAGGGGGGCUCACAACAAGCCAGGGAUGAGAUUAUCCAGCCCGACAACGAAUUCUAUGAAGAUGAAGAUAGAGAUGAGGGAGAGAGAAAUAUCCAGAGUUAUAAAGAAGCAAAUAGUGUAAGCGGAGAGGGACAAGCAACUGAAGGCGCAGGUGCAAGCGCAGCUGCCGUAGAUUCUACUGCAGCUGCUACUGCAAAUGGAGAGGCAAUGGAAAUUGACGAAGAAAAUGUAGUUGAAAAGGACCAGCCUGCUGUCGCAGAAGCUGUUCUGGCCAUCACUACAGAGGACUCAACAGCAGCUCCAGAAGAAGCACCACUGGCCACUGUUUCCCUCACCGAGGGUGAAACAAUCGCUCCAAUUAUAACUCAAACUUCGCCAGCUGGAACGGAAGAUACUAAGCCUCCUGUCGCAGUUUCUAAUCCAGAAUCUACCCCAGCUGAAGCUGAACCAUCAACUGAAGAACCAAAGGCUGCGGAAUCCGCAUCGACAACCAGUUUGACAGAUGCUGAGAUGAAAGAAAUCGAUGAGUUGAACGCUGAGACUUAA